AUGAAGAAAAUAGCCUUCGGCUUAGUAAUAAUAAUUAAGGUAAUAGUCUCGGAGAAUUGUACGGAAAAUUUAAGUUGUAAAAAACUUGAAGAAAAAUAUCAACAUAACCACAACAACAAACUAUCGCCGCGAACGCUAGCAGAUUAUUUUUCCCGUGUUGCCAGCCAUCAAGAUUCCAGCAGUGCAAUUGAACAAAUCAGCAGUUGUACAGUCAAAAAUAUAUCAGAGUUUUGGCCUAUUGAAACAAAAAGACUUAUAGUUCAUGCAACUGAAAAUGGCUUUGACAUCAGAUUAGCAUUGAUACCAGAACAUUCAAAUAUCCCGGGUAACGAAGAAGCUGACACUCUAGCUAAUAUAGGAAGAAAUUUGAACAUACCAAUGGCCAUGCCCCUCGAUGUCCAAGACAUAUAUACUGACAUUAAAUCUAAAGUGUAUGAUGAUUUCAGAAAUAAAUGGAACAACCUAAUCAGUAUCAAAGACUAUCAAUACCGAAAAGUACAACCUACCUUUCCUAAAAAUAAAUGGUUUGCCAUUCGUCCAUUCAUAGAUCGAAGACACAUCACUACAAUUAUUAGAUUACGUACAGGGCACUGUCUAACAAAAGAAAACUUGCAUAGGAUGAACCUGACAGACAAUCCCUAUUGCGAAUGUGGGUCCAGAGAAAAUCUUAAUCACUCACAUAUUUUUUGA